UAGAAAAUGGAUGGUCAGGUGCCCACAAACGUUUGGUAGUAUUUUGUGUUUAGGGGAAAUGUGAUUAAAGCAGUUUUUAAAAAAGAAAAUGUUUGUUUCUGUCUUAAAGGUUUAGAAAUGUGUUUCUAGACCAGAGAAAAAGGUUUCAGAAUUCCUAGUUGUUGUUGUUGUUGUUGUUUUUACAUGGUACAAAAACCCCCCACGUUUGUUGCUCAAGUGUAUGUAAAUAGCAGUGAAGAAUGAUAAUACUGCUGUUCAUAUAAAACACAGGUUUCCAACCCUGGUUGUGGAAUACCCCCUGGCACUUCCUGUACCUGCCAAGAGUAGCUGAGGAUGAUGCGCAAAAAGAAAAGAUCUUCAUCUGUUUCAGUCGAUGAAGAUCCAGCCACACGCGUUGUUCCCAAAUCAAAGAAAAGCAAGUCCACUGGACGGCCAGCCAAAUCCCUUUCCGCUACCGUUCCUGAUUCUGUAUUUGGUCACAUGCUUCAGGAAUCAGGUGUCAUCUUGAGACAAGGAAACAUGGCCAAUGAGAUCGCCGUGGAUCAAGUUGUGUUUCAGAAGAGAUUACAGCAGCAUCUGAGAAAGAGUCCCAGAUAUCCCAAUAUCAUUCAGGAGUUUAUAUCUGGCUUGGAGUCACACUUUGAAGACCCUGAGAGGUUUAGGAACUGCCUGCUUCCAUGUGUGCCACGUUCUGCAGGCGAGGGAGACACCAGUUCAAGUUCGUUUCAGGAGAGCCUGGUGCGGAUGCUUCUGGGUGUUGAGAUACUACAGACCCUGGUCAUAAACACUUUGUUUGAGAAGCUUCCAGAGUUCAUGUUUGAAGGUGUUGGAGAGGAUGGUCUGAAUAUUCCACACCUCAUCAUUAAUCAGCUGAAGUGGCUCGAUCGACUUGUGGAUUGCAAGGAUUUGGGCAGUAAGCUGAUGCAGCUCGUGUCUAUAGCUCCUGUUGAGAUCCAGCGUGACAUCAUCACCAGUUUACCUGAAAUACUGGAGGACUCGCAGCAUGGAGACAUGGCCAGGGAGCUCAAUGCCUUACUCCAGCAGAACACCCAGCUGACUGUUCCCAUCCUGGAUGCUCUGUCCAGCCUCAACCUCAGUUCCACAUUGCUUUCUGAGGUCCGUGGUGCUGUCAUGGCGACCGUCGCCGCAGUGCAGCUGGAGGAUCUCCCUGUUGUAGUGAAGUUCAUCUUACACUCCAUCUCUGCUUCUGACGCUAAUGAGGUGGUGUGUACUUUACGAAAGAAGCUGGAGUUGGAGCAGUGUGUGUUGUCAUCAGUGCUACAGGCCUCUCAGAGCCGUGAUAAGAGCAAAAAGAACAGAGGGUCCUCCAGUGUCCCAGCAUGCAGCAGUAACGACAGCGUGGCUCUGGUCCUGGAGGUGAUUAAAUCAGCUGUGCGUUUUCAGAAGACUAUCUCUGAGGCCUGGCUCAAGGCCAUAGAGAGUGUCACUGAGCAAGAAGAUCACAAGGUGGUUGACGUGUUGGUUUUGCUUAUUCUCCACUCCACUAACGCUAACCAGAGUCGACGUGGGGCCGAGAGAGUGCUGAAGGCGAAAGUGCGUGGCGGCCUCAUUCACGAAGCACUGCUGAAUAAGACUUUUAGGGACUACGCUCAGGUGAUGCGUGGGUAUUUUCCAAGCAUUCUUUCCUUGGCACAAGGGCUGCUGCGUUCUACAGACUGCUGUGUAGUGCCCUUUGGAGGACACAUUUACAAACAGGCCUUCACUGCCUUUGACUCCUACUGCCAGCAGGAAGUGGUGGGCUCGCUGGUCACUCACGUGUGCAGUGGUGUGAGCGGAGAGGUGGACGUGGCUCUGGAGCUGCUGUGUGAGUUAGUAUCCCAGAAGCCCACAGAGAUGGCACAGUAUGCUGUCUUUGUUAAGGGAAUUCUGGACUACAUGGACAACUUGAGUCCUCAGCAGAUCCGCCGUCUUUUCCAUGUUCUCAGCUGCUUGGCAUUUGGACAAGACCAACACGGCAGCCAUAUUCAGGACGAUAUGCACAUAGUGAUCCGAAAGCAGUUGUCCAGUACAGUGCCUAAGUACAAACGCAUCGGCAUCAUCGGUGCUGUUAUGAUGGUGGGGAGUAUGGCAGCACGAAGAGACCGGUCAGAAGGCUCUCAGGGAGGUACACUGCCCAAAGACACGCAUCGACAGGUGACGGUGCUUCUGGAGUUGGUGCGGUCGUGCAGUGAAGGCUCAGCCGAGGCCGCUGCGCUGUACUAUGACGAACUGGCCAACCUGCUGCACAACCACAGACUGGACCCACUGGUGCAGGCGUGGAUUGGCAAGAGCGUGCUGGAGGAUUUCCAGGAGGACUUUGUUGUGGACCUUGGACCAGAGAUACCUGGCUCAUUUCCAUUCACUGCCUCAGCUAUGUACAAUCUGGAUGAAGAUGAGAGUCAAGGAGGAAUUGCCAUUAACCUGUUGCCCCUAAUGGCUAAGGAUCUGCUGAACAAAGCAGACAGCCACAGGGACGGCAGGCAUGUAUCUCCUCUGUGCCUGUCCUCGUUCUUCAGACUGCUGAGGCUGUGUGAGGAGGAGCAGCACCAGGGUGAUCUGGAGGAGAUCGAUGCUCUUCUAGGCUGUCCGUUGAUCCUGACAGAUAUGGAGGUGGUAGAGAAGGUAGAGAGUCUGUCUAAGGCAGAGCGAGAGUUCCUCUGCUCUCUGCUCUUCUACACCAUCAAUUGGUUCAGAGAGGUAGUAAAUGCAUUUUGCAAGCUGAAAGACCCUGAGAUGAAGAUGAAGGUUGUAACUCGUCUUCAGAACAUCACUUACCUGCAGACACUGUUGGAGACAUGCUUGGCAGUUAGCCCUGGAUUCACUCCUCCUCUGGCUAACUUUGACUGUGACAGUGCAGAAGUUUUGGCUCCCGCUCCUUCUGUUGCUCCUGCCAAGAAAGCGAAGAAGGAGUCCACAGGGAAGAAGAGGAAAAAAGCAUCAGCCAGUAAGAACUCAACAGACGGCUCACAACUGGAGGAGGCUGCUGAGGUCGACGAACCUCAGGCGCAGGACCACCCAGAGAAGGAGGUGAAAGCAGGGGUGAGUCUGUCCUCAUACUGGCCGUACUUUAGGGAACUGGACAUGGAGGCUCUGAACGUUUUGCAGUGUGGCCUGCUCUCCCGAUCAGUGCUGGACACCGAGCUCCAUAGCAAGGUGAGAGAGGAGGUACAGCUGGGUCCUGCAGAGUUGGUGUUCCUGCUGGAGGACAUGUGGCGUAAACUGGAUUUCAGCCUGGCUGCUGCUCCAGCAAAGAAAGCUCCGUUUCUCAAAGUGAAGGCAGACAGGGCAGUGGGAUUCUCUCACCUGCAGCAGAGAAGCUCCAAAGAUGUUGCUAGCUGCUGUGUUGAACUGCUAGGGACGUUGUGCACACACCUGGAGAACUGCCACAACCACUUUCAGACUUUCCUGAAUGAAAAUCAGGGAGUGGUGGAUGCUCUAGGUGUGGAUAUGAAUGUACAGCAGCUUAUGUGUUCAGCUUAUCAGCUCCUUCUGCAGGUCUUACACACAGCAUUUAGCUGGUCUGGCUUCUCCCAGCCGGAACAGCGGCCGCUGUUAAAGAGUGCUCUCAGUGUGCUCGCCAGCCGACUGAAGGAGAAAGAUGCAGACCUAACCCUGGAGCAGCUUAUAAAACACAGUUUUGAGUACCUGCUGAAUUUCCGGAGCACUGUGCCCAGCCUAAACACGGCUCUGAUCCUGACGCAGCUGCUCAUUGUGCUCAGUCAGUAUGGACGAUCCAGCCACAGCUUCUACAGAGAACACACCGCAUCCUUGGCUAAGCAUUUCCUGUGUCAGGAGUGGGUGACAGGAAGUGGUGGGAAGGAACGUGGGAACAAACACAACGAUGCACUCCAGAGUCUCCUCAGUAUUUAUCUAGGAAACGCUGAUGAUGUGCUGAAAGCAGUGGAAGAGAUUACAGAAAAUGGGAUCUCGGAGCUAUUAAAUGCUGCUAAAGAUGCCAGCUCUCGUAGCUGGCGCACACUCAACAGGCAGACUUUUUUGGUGUACUAUAAAGUUAUGAUGGCAGAGCUGGAGAAGUGUGUACGAAAGAUACCUCCUGGGAAACAGACAGACAGCAGAGAGGUCCAGAGUGAGAAACUGCUAGUGUGGAACUUGGCUGUCCGGGACUUCCAUAUUCUCAUUAACAUGGUCAAGGUUUUUGAUAGCAGACCUGUGCUCAAUGUGUCUUUAAAGUAUGGCCGGCUUUUUCUCGAAUGCUUCCUUAAGCUCGGAAUGCCUCUCCUCGACUACAGCUUUAAAAAACACAAGGAGGAUGUUCAGAGUUUACUGAAGACUUUUCAGCUCAGCACCAGGCAGCUCCAUCACAUGUGUGGCCACUCAAAGAUCCGGCAAGACACAGCCCUGACCAACCACGUGCCAGCGCUGAAGAAGCACCUUGAGCAGUUUGUGUAUCGUGUAAAGGCAAUGCUCACUCUGAACCAGUGCCAGGAGGCUUUCUGGCUGGGCAAUCUGAAGAACAGGGAUCUGAAGGGCGAAGAGAUUCUCUCACAACGCUCCCAAGAAAGUGAUGACGAGGAUGAAGAGUCUUCUCAGCUACAAGAGGGGAACGAGGAAAGUGAUGCUGAGGUGAAGGAAAAUGGGCACCAGGAAGACGAGGAAGAGGAAGAGGAUGAGGAAGAGGAGGACUCCGAUGUGUCAGACUGAUCACGCAGCAUACAACCCUCUUUUUAUCCUUUUAUAUCCAUUCACGGUCAGCCUUACAUAUACAGUACUUAAGCUCCUUAAAUUCAAUAACCCAUCGUUUUGAUUUUUCAGCUUGAUAAACUUUAUCAACUUUAAGACUACAAGACAUUAGGGUCAAAAUCUAAACACCAUGCACCCGUAUUGUUAAGACCGGUUUUGCAAGAAAAAUUCUUUCACUUUUAAUACUUGAGUGUUUUUCUUGUUUACAGAUAUCAUUGGGUUUUUUUCUGUUUGAUUACAUUAUAUUCAGAUGUGUGUAUAUGUGUGUGUGUGUGUGUGUGUGUGUGUGUGUGUAUUCAUUUGCCAAUAAAAAUGUUGUCAUGGAUUUACAUUCAAAUUUAUGGCAUUUGGCAGACGCCCUUAUCCAGAGUGACUUACAGAAGUCUCUAUCAGUAAAUACAUACUAAUACUGGUUCACUAGGUCAUGGACGAACAAACCAUCAUUCGAAAAACUGUUGGGGAGGUAAUAUAGUCAGAAAAGCACACAGGCUAUUUAUUUAUUUAUUAAAGUGCUAAUUUAAGUACUUCAGAGCUUAUUUGUCAAAAUCUAUAGUAUUCUGUGAUAAUGUCGUUAAAUCCUACUGGGCUUAGAUCACAAGUCGACAAAUCUGGUGAACCGAGUUUUACUGGAGAAAAACCACUGGUCAUGCUAUAUGACGAGGGUUUUUGUGAUUUGUGCUGUAUCAGGUUAUGUUAAACAGUGCUAAACCAAUGUUCUAGUAUUCUAAUGCUGUUCAUUUUCCUCUCAGUGUGGUCCUUCUAGAGAAUUGCUGAAUGUUUUAAUCACUUCACCAAACAGACCCCCUAUAGCAAUGGUCACCAACCCUGUACCUUGAGGUCUACCUUCGUGCAAGUUUCAUCUCCAACCAAAACCUGUUUUAGCUGAUCAAGAACUUGUUGGUGACCACUGCUCUCUAGAGUCCUUUACAACAGCAGUUCUCAAACUAUUUACAGUUAUAGACCCUGGUAACUGUAGGAACAAAGUUCAAGCACCCUCGUAUGAUUAUUCAUUAGUAUGAAUAAUAUAAUCCAACCACAUACAUAUUAGACACAUUAAGCAAAUAUGUACCAUCAUAUUUAUGCAUGUAUGUAUUUAUUUAUUUCUAAUAGAGCCAUUCGUUUUUUAUUUUAUUCCUGAGCUUUUCACCCACAGUUAUACUGGUUUGUGCAUUGUGUAUCGUAUGACAGCACUCGUAUGACUCCUAGUUGUUGUUGUUUUUUUCUCCAGAAGUUGAUAUUUAGAUAAACAAUAUAAAAACUCCUUAAUAUGAUUGAUAUAGUGUAGUUUUAAACCCAGUCAAUAAAAGUAUUAUUUUAAAAUAAUCUCCACCAUCAUCAUUUCCUUAGCCCUGGACCCCGCUUUAGGAACCAUGGCUUUGUCGUCUGCUAGGUUUACCCUGCCUGUCAAAGGUUCUGGAAGCCUUGGAGUUUCUUAUGUUUUAUUACAGUUUAAUUGCUAUAAUUAAUAUCUAAUUUAUAUUAUACACCUUUGUGUAAUGUAAUGGUUUGCUGUCAGAUCCUAAUGGGAUCAUAAAUGAGUGCUGUAUUAAAGGUAGGUGCACUUGGAUUAUAAACAGGUAAAGCCUGUAGAUAAAAGACUCGCAAUAGAAUUAACUGUAAAAGAAAAAAUACGUGCCUAAAAUACAUUAUUUGAGUGAUCAAGAUGUUUACCUUUUCUAGAUUGUUCCAUUUCUGAUUUCACUGAA